GCUCGACUCAGAAACAGUUUCACUCUGCGAUGCCGCUGUUCAACAAGAAAUUCGAGUCCAAGCCGAUACCGCUGCGUCAGAAUCGAUGCAAUAUUGGCAUUCCUGCUGUCGCCGAGGAUCUUGAUGACUUUCGCCAGAUUUCGCUGAAUCUGGGCAACAAGGAGCUGCGCUUUGCCGAUGGCAUCUGGAUGCACUCGACGCGCAAGGGCGAUGUGGACGAUAUGCUGCGUCUGAAAAAGAAGUUCCGUGUCCUGGAAGAGGAGAACAAUAUGUCCAAUUUGAAGAUGGAAUUUAUGCUGGAUCUACUGGCGGAGCAGGCAUCGGAAUUGAACGAACUAAAGCCGAGGGAAAAGAGCACAUUUGAAAAUGUAAAGAAAUAAAAAAAGCAUACGUGUGACAGCGGAUAUUACUCGUUUUGGAUAUUCGGUUGAAUACUGUGAGCUGGCCUAAGAUUUUGGAAUAUUUUUAAGAAUACCGGUUAACAUUCACUAAGCUUCUCCUAAAUUUACCUGAUUCUGAUAAAAUCCCAACCACACACUUGAGAUAUAUUUCUAAUACUUCUUUAUACAGUUUCAAUGGCCAUGGCAGGGGGAGAUAUCAAAAUGUUCUGUUUUGGGUACCUAGGGGCUUUGGUUGACUAGACCAUUGGGCAUUAAUUUGGGAUUUGUUGGGCGAACGUUCGAUGAAUGGAACUGGUCAAAAUUGGUGGCAUUGUUGUCGCCAUUGGCAGGCAAUCUAUAGACGCCAUCGGUACGGUGCGGUUCGGUUUGGCCUGCCGUCAGGCUGCCGCUUGGCUCCCGCUCUAUUUAUUGUAU